AGUAACAAAAGAUUCAAACAAAAAUCACAAAGCACUUGAAACUAUCACAAACCCGUAACUCUAGUUUUACUAAUUCUCAAGUAAUGGCGUCGGAGAAACAACAAAAGACGGAAAGAGCCGAAGUUGCAGCGAGGCUAGCAGCUGAAGACUUGCAUGACAUUAACAAACACCAUCGCGAUAACGUCAGGAUGUAUAAGGUAACGGAGAGAACAGUUGAACAUCCACCAGAGCAGGAGAGGCCAGGAGUGAUAGGAUCAGUGUUCAGGGCCGUCCAAGGAACAUAUGAGCAUGCGAGAGAUGCUGUUGUCGGAAAAAGCCAUGACGUCGCCGAGUCGACCAGAGAAGGAGCUCAAAUAGCCUCAGAAAAAGCGGCUGGAGCCAAAGAUGCAACCCUUGAGAAGGCAAAAGACACGGCGGAUUAUACGGCCGAGAAGGCAAGAGAGGUUAAUGAUAAGACGGCAGAGAAGGCCAAGGAGACAGCCAACUAUACGGCUGACAAGGCCGGAGAGUAUAAGGACUACACGGUGGAGAAGGUGGCUGAAGGAAAAGAUGCUGGAGUGAGUAAGCUUGGAGAGUUUAAAGAUAGUGCAGUUGAUACGGCGAAGAGAGCUAUGGGUUUCUUGUCUGGGAAGACAGAGGAACCCAAACAAAAAGCUGUAGAGACCAAAGAUAGUGCCAAGGAAAAAAUGGUGGAGGCUGGAGAUGAAGCUGGACGAAAGAUGGAGGAGAUGAGAUUGGAAGGUAAAGAACUCAAAGAAGAAGCUAGAGACAAAGCACGAGAGGGGUCUCAAAAGACCAAGGAGACUGCUGACUCAGCAGCUGAAAGAGCCCACGAGACAAAAGAUUCAGCUGCGGUUAGGGGAAAUGAAGCGAAGGGGACUAUAUUUGGUGCAAUAGGGAAUGUGACAGAGGCUAUAAAGAGAAAAGUAACUAUGCCGUCAGACAUUGUAGAGGAAACACGAGUGGCACGUGAGCGUGGAAGCACGGGGAGGACGGUGGUUGAGGUCACAGUCGAAGAUGCAAAACCUGGCAAGGUAGCGGCUACUCUGAAGGCGCCUGACCGGAUGACCAGUCCGACAUUCAACGAAAUCGAAGUUGAAGAUACAAAACCUGGUAAGGUGGCGGCUACCCUGAAGGCGGCGGAUCAGAUGACCGGUCAAACAUUCAACGACGUUGGGCGGAUGGAUUAUUAGUUUCGGAAAGAGACAGCCUUUGGGCCUGUCUAGGGCCUUUAAAAUAUAUACUUUUUGGGCCUUUGUUUUGGAUGGAUAUGAUGUAGCAAAUAUAGUUUGCUGAUAUUUUCUCG